AUGACAACACUAUUGCAGCAUUCAGAUACAGUAGUUACAACUACGGUACCUGGUACACUUCCGGGAACGUCCAUUAUUACACCACCAGCAGGUUGUACGCACCCAUGCACAACUAGCAUUAUCGUCACAACACUACUACAGCCUGCAGAUGCAAUAGUUACAACUACUGUAUCCGGUACUCGUCCGGGAACGUCUACUAUUACCCCACCGGCAGGCUGUACACAUCCAUGCACAACUAGCAUUAUUGUAACAACAACGCCAGUACAACCUCCGGAUAAAGUAGUUACAAUAACUAUAUCUGGUACGUUACUGGGAACGUCUACCAUUACUCCACCAGCAGGAUGUACGCACCCAUGCACAACUAGCAUUGUUGUGACAACACCAGUACAACCUCCAGAUACAGUAGCUACAACAACCGUAUCUGGUACGUCACCGGGAACGUCUACUAUUACACCACCAGCUGGCUGUACACACCCCUGUACUACUAGCAUUAUCGUAAUUACAACGCCACUGCAACCUCUAGAUACAAUAAUUACAACUACCGUAUCUGGCACUUUCGCUGGGACAUCCACUAUUACCCCAUCGGCAGGCUGUACACACCCGUGCACAACGAGAAUUAUAGUAACCGCUACUUCUUACCAACCGCCUGAUAUUGCUAUAACUAUAACUUUCCCUGGUACUAAAGCAACAACCUUUACUAUUUACCCGACAUCAAACUGUAAACACCCAUGUACAACUAGUAUUUAUAUUAUUACUGUACUCCCGGUCCCUCCUACAGCAACAACUACAACUACACUUGGUACGAUUCCCGGAACCUCAACCAUAACCCCACCGGGGGGCUGUACCGCCGGAUGCACAACAACUAUUAUUGUAACAGCGUUGUGUUUGGCACCAUCAGGAUCGACUACACUAUCUGCUAUAAAAUCAACUGGUACUACUACUACUUGGACGGUUCCUACAUGUGUUAGAAAUAUGUACUUUAAGAUCCUUGGCGGUGGAGGUGGUAUGGCCGUUAAUGGUAUCCCUGGGGGUCGAGGGGCAUUGAUUUCUGGUCAUGUCCCAGUAACGCCAGGGCAGUCGAUCUUCGCUGUUGCUGGCGGCAUGGGCGGUACUGGUCCCUCUGAACUUCCCGCUAUUAUUAAUUCUACGUCUCCUGCGGGAACAAGUUGGUACGGUGACGGCGGGAUCGGUAUGCAUUGCUCUGGCGGUGGUGGCGGCGCGUCCGCCUUGUACCUAGAUAACGUCUUACUUGCUGUUUCGGGUGCGGGUGGAGGUGGGAAUACUGCUGUGUCCAGUACUGGAGACCCAAGCAACCCCUUUGACUUUACCAUCCUAGGCGGUACAUCACUCGGAAAUGCUGGAGAGAUAGGUCGGCUUAUAUUCCUAACCUAUACCACUGAUAGGACUCAGAAUAUCUCUGUCAUUUAUGGCGGGGAUCCUGGAACAAUAUCGAACCCAGGGGCUGGAGGUAUAUGGGAUGGUAACUAUACCUUAGUCGUUGGCGGUAAUGCGGGAACGGGCCACGUUGGUGGUGACGGUGUAGUAGUUGAUAAUUACCUAUUUGCUGUUGGCGGCGGAUCUGGAGGCGGUGGCGGCGGUUAUUUUGGCGGCGGUAGUGGAGGAUCUCUUUACUAUGAUUCGCAGAAUAACGUUAGCGAUCGUUGGGCCCUUGGGGGUGGUGGUGGUGGCGGAUCGAGCUUUCUAUCGAAUAAUGUGCUCGAUCCAUCACAAGGCCUCCCCCCAGUAAUUGCCGAAAUUACACCCGGAAGUGUUACAAUUUACUUUGACUAA